GGUGCCUGGCACCAUCUGCCGACGGUCGCCGGUAACUCUUCGCGGGGAGUCGUCUCGUUCUUUAUCAGAGUUUCUUCAGUGCAAAUGUUUACCGUACGUGUUUACUCGUAAAAUUUAAAUAAUUUGCAUCACCAUGAAACCAUGCUUUACGUAAACAGCGAUCGAUAGAUCAUAAAAGAUUCAGAUUUCAUUAGAAACAAUGUGAAAGUUAAAUUCCAUUUUUUAUUUUUAUACAUAUUUUUUUGUAUUAUCGAAAUACUAAAGUUAGAUAUAUUAUUAACAAUCUCAUAACUUAAUUACUUAUUUGUAUCUUAUUCACAAUAAUUCACACUGUAUUGUUGGAAAGAUUCGUAUAAAUUCGUGUAAAUAUAAACGAAGAUAAUCAGAACAUAAUCUUAAUCUUCUCGUGGAACGUAGACGAUACGCACGUUAAAAUAAAAGCUAGGAGUCUCAAGAUUACAGUCCACAACGCCACAAAUGUUUUGAUGCAUUUCAUUGGCCAAUCAGAAUAACGAAUUUUAUUAAUUGACCAAUCAAGAAAUGUUUCUAUAGACGACACAAGUGAAUCGCAGUCUCGUCAGUAAUGGUCAGUAAUCUCGUAGCUUCGAUCUUGUAUACAUUGUAUUCAUCCGUGCGCGAGAUUAACGACAGUCGAUUCCCGUGUUAAAAUACUCUCGGACACCUCGCGAAGCGACGCAGCAACGUCGGUCUACUUCCGUCGUAGCCAGGCUAAUUACAACGAUUUUUCAACUCGUCAUUUUCUACCGGGAGAUCUCGCGAUGCCGGCCACGAUGCAGCUGGCAUCUCUCUUCUGGUUGCUGAAUUAUUUAUUGCUAUCAAUUGCAUCUAAGAAUAUCGUGCUGAUUGUUACCGAUGAUCAAGACUCCGUUCUAGAUGGCAUGACGCCAAUGACGAACACUCUGAAUCUUGUAGGACGUCAGGGCGCCAUAUUUACGAAUUGUUUUGUAGCCUCGCCGAUUUGUUGCCCCAAUCGGGCGUCCAUCCUCACCGGACGAUAUCAACAUAAUCAUCUAACGGUGAACAAUUCUAUCGCGGGUGGUUGCAGUAACGCCCGAUGGCAACAAUCACGGGAGCCGGCAACGUUCGCUGCUCUUUUGCGAUUUGCCGGAUACAAGACGUUUUACGCGGGGAAAUAUCUAAAUCAGUACGGAAACGAGAAAGUCGGCGGUGCGGCUCAUGUACCAACGGGAUGGGAUUGGUGGGCCGGUCUUAUAGGAAACUCGAAGUAUUACGAUUAUUCGUUAUCCAUAAACGGUACCGAGAGAAAAUAUGGUAACAGCUCGAGCGAUUAUCUUACCGACGUGAUCAGUAAUCUGGCUGUAGAUUUUAUCAAGGGACAUUUCGCUGACCAACCUUUUCUCAUGGUAUUGGCACCUCCAGCCCCUCACGCGCCAUUUACCCCUGCUGACAGACACAAUGGCAAAUACAACGGCACAAAAGCAAAGAGAACACCAAAUUUUAAUGUGCCCAUACAUAAGGACAAACAUUGGUUAGUUAAAGAAGGUCCAACUCCUUUACCAGAUGAUAUAUUACCAAAAUUAGACGAAAUAUACAGAAGAAGAUGGGAAGCUUUACUAGCGGUAGAUGAACUCGUUAAAAACGUACACAACUUAUUGGAGGAGCGAAAUCUCUUGAAAGACACUUACUUUAUUUACACGUCCGAUAAUGGAUAUCAUAUUGGACAAUUUAGCAUGCCAAUGGAUAAGCGCCAACCUUAUGAAACAGAUAUACGAGUCCCAUUACUGAUAUCUGGCCCGGGAAUUGAGCCGUCUACAAUUGCCGCGCCAGUCAGCAGCGUAGAUAUCUUCGCCACGCUUUUGAACAUAGCCGACGUGAAGUAUCCUUCGGACGGCACGACAUUAUUUGACACAAAUCAUAAUUUACCACAAGAUCGCACUGUUCUGAUAGAGUACAGAGGAGAGAGGUCCAACAAGCCAUCGUCGUCCGGUUGUCCGAGCGACGGCGAUUUGAAUGUCACGUUGUGCAUGAAAGAAAUGGCGUGCAAGUGUCAGGACGCCGCGAACAACACGUUUAGUUGCAUUCGCCGUGUCUCGCCAAGCUUCAACAACAUCUUCUGUAUCUUCGAGGACGACCAGCUAUUCAUUGAAGCUUACGACAUGAACGCGGACGAAUACCAAAUGACAAAUAUCGGAUAUACUAUGAAGAAAGGAUUGAGGCACAGAUUCAGGAAACGUCUCAAAAGAAUGGCAGUAUGUCAGGAUGAGCAAUGCGUCUUUACAGGAAUGGAAAGUGGAUCUGCAAAUAACAUACAUUCGCCCCGUGGAGAGAGUCUCGAAUAUCUGAAUAGCAAUGGCGAUAUUCGCGGAGGAGGAAAAGGGGAGGAGGAGGCGGAGGAGGAGGAGGAGGAGGAAGAGAUGGAAGUGGUGGAAAAAAGCCGAAGACAGAACGAGAGGCUAUAUCGGACGUGUACAUAUUUAUGUUGCUAAAACGUUUCUGGUUCCUCCAGAGGAUUUGCAAUGAUGCGCGCGAAACAACGAUCCUCGCUACUCGAUAUACUUUAGCUUGCUCGCGCUAUUAUUUCACGUGUAAGCGAUAUAAGCCAUUUUGAUUCGCGCGACGCACGGGUGAAUGUAGAACGUGAAAUAAUACGGAGAUAUAUGGCGAUUUGUAUUAAAACAGAUGAAUAAUUGAAAUUAGGAAUAUGUAGAGAAUGUUAAAUAUAAAAUAUAAGAAAUAUAUAUCUUGCUAUGUAAAAAAUAUAUAUAUAAAUUUCACACUUUUUAAAAAUAAUUACUAGAGAGUUUUGUUACUGCCGUUUAGUAACUGAAUGUAAAAAAUAAAAUUACUUAGGAUUCUAAUCAAGAUAUAACUGUCUGCACUUACUGUGCACAAAAACAGAAUUAUACAUGGAUUAUUCAAUUGAUUAAUAAGUAAGCCUGGCUAUUAAUACUAGACAAUAUAAUUGGACAGGCGCAUAUUUUACCAAAAAAUUAUUUCAGCCGUUGAAUAAAACUCUAUCAAAAGUUCUUGCCUAUUUCCUAUGCAGUAUUGUUACAGCUAAUGAGAGUACAGUAAUACUGACUGGAUGGGUCUAAGAAAACUACAUACAUUUCUAACACGGGCGUCAAUUCUUUUAUUCCGAUUUUUAUUAUACAUACCAUAAAUUGUAUAUACUAAUUAUAAACAUUUAUUAAGUAUAUAUUAUUUCUUGUAAUUGUUUAAGAAAUAUUAUCAAUAGAAUGGACGAAAAAUGAGUGAGGAAUUAAAGAAAGUUGUAAAUCAA